UUUUAAUGACUCUCUAUCUAGGUGCAGGACGCAGUCCGCGGUGUACAAUAAUGUUGUGCUAGUACUGUAUGUCAGAUGUGCGUGCAUCGAGGGGCGCUUCAUCAUAGCUCCCAGCAUUACAUCCGUGCUCGGAGUCUCCGGCCGCCUUUUGCGCCGUCUCCCGAUUGACAGUUAUCACGGACAGACACUCGCGUAUCGCGCCCCCUGGCUCUUCAAGCGAAUUUCCCUUCUUAAAGCUUGAAUGUAAUUCUGCACGAGGAAUAUAGACGAGUCCCGGUCAAGCCUCUCCAGCAUGGUCUGACUUGAACAACUGCGCAAAAGAGCCGAGAUCUUUCUCGAUCAACGGUGUGCUCCAUGGCUGGAUUGGAGCAAAUCGAGGUGCACUCGAGGAAUUACCUCCUACGAUGGGUGAACGUCAAACAGGAUUACACGAUCUCCUGGACGAUUCAGCCUCACAAGAAGUCGAUCAACUUUGGUUUAUUCAAACAUCCUGGGCCACAGUCGAACCUACACUCCGGACCCCCUUCGUUACCACCUCCCUCACCUAGUUCGUCGGCGGUCGACGAAGACAAGUCGGACAACGGCUCCACCGCAGUCGAGAAGCUGACCAGCAUCGGACUCAAGCAAAUACGAUGGGUGGGCAAGUGCGAGGCCGACAAAGUGACACAAGGCAGGUAUGAUGUGCGUCCUGGAGAAGGCGGCAACUAUGCCCUGGUUUUUGACAAUACCUUUUCGAAAAACACGUCAAAGACUGCAACCAUCUUUGUCUUGACGUACCCGACGGCAUGUCAAUCACAGAUUCAGUUCGGAGCUCAGUUCCAGCACACUACGUCAAUGGCAUCAGCCAUGGCAAUCGCUUCGGCUUCUGCGCAGGGUUUCCGGAGGAGCCCUAAGCUAAUGGCAAAGGAUAAGGCAUCGGAGGACUCGCUGAGACAAUCGUCCAUCAGCCAGUCAGGGGCUGGGAGCAUUGCUCCUGUGACCGAGAGUCUCAAGCUGGGAGAAAAUUCUAGCACGAUUCACACUGGUGUCCUACACAAGCGACGACGAAAGAAGCAUCAAGGAUAUGCGAGGCGGUUCUUUUGCCUAGACUUGACCACAUCGACGUUGUCCUACUACCGCAACCGAAACUCCUCUGCACUUCGAGGGGCAAUUCCCUUGUCUUUGGCGGCCAUCGCAGCCCAUGCAAAGUCCCGUGAGUUCACCAUUGAUUCAGGGGCCGAGAUCUGGCAUCUUAAGGCAAGCAAUGAGGCGGAGUUUGAAGAAUGGAAGACAGCACUGGAGACUGCUGUGCGGCUUGCGAAAGAGCCCACCACUCCAGGCGACAAUCUUAAUGUCAAUACCUCAAAUAACACCAGCGGCGAACGGACGGUGUCCUUUGAAGACCAAGAAUGGGCAAGGCUAGAGACACUACUGAGUAAACUCUCGGGUACACGAGAUGCUGUGCGCAGGCUCUGCUUGGAGACUCUGGCGAAUCCAAUACCGCCGCCAUCUCCGCGCUUGGGGCCGGCUUCUGCGGGCUCUACCCCUACCGAUGGCCCCAUGGAGGAUUAUUUCAAGCAAGAUGACAAGCGGUCCUUCUGGAAACGAAAACCUAGUGGCACUGGUGGCCAAACGAACAUCUUCAAGCGGAAUGUCUCAGGCCAACUGGCAGUCCCAGCCUCUAAUGCGGAGCCUGUCCUGCGUAAUGGGAAUGUGUCUACUCAAAUGGCACAGCGACCACGCCUUAUUCACGAAGAAAGUAUGCACGACCAUUGCCGAGCGGUACUUCACGAUCUGGACUCGGUUGUUAGUGAGCUUUCGGCCUUUGUGAUAGAGCACAAGAUCCGCCGCACGGCCACGCCAAAGUCAGCACUUUCUCGCAUGAGCAUUCAGUCGGUGGAAUCAGAACAAUACUUCGACGCAGAGGACAAUCCGCGGGUGUUUGAUAUCCACAGUGACACCGAGCAUGAGGCUUCCGAAAAUAGCGGUGAUGAGGAUGAAUCUUCAGCCUCCAGCAGCGACAGCGGCGAAGACAACCUUGAGGUGGUGAAGCGACGCUCCGGCAGCGUAUCUGUGUUUAUACCUCCUCGUUCCAAGUCACUAGCACCCUUGCCACUGUCACCGGUGCCCAGACGGACGUCUAUCACCGCUCCGACCAUCAUGCCCCCAAGUUUGAUAGGGUUUCUGAGGAAGAAUGUGGGCAAGGAUCUGUCAACCAUCUCCAUGCCCGUCUCGGCGAAUGAGCCGCUGUCACUUUUGCAGCGAGCGGCGGAGCAACUGGAAUAUUCGCAGCUUCUAGACCAUGCUGCGCAGUCGACGGAUGUUUUUGAGCGACUGAUGUACGUGACGGCAUUCGCUAUAUCAUCACUGUCCAAUUCUCGAGUCAAAGAGCGGGCUAUCCGGAAGCCCUUCAAUCCCAUGCUUGGAGAGACGUACGAAUUGGUGCGAGAAGACCGUGGGUUCCGCUUUAUUGCCGAGAAGGUGUCACACCGACCCGUGCAGCUUGCCUUCCACGCCGAAUCUCCUUAUUGGAUCUUUACUCAGUCCGCGCUGCCGUCGCAAAAGUUUUGGGGCAAGUCGUCGGAAAUCAUCACGGAGGGUAAGGCUCGGUUGGUUUUGAACCCUACAGGCGAAGUGUAUAGUUGGUCGGCGGCGACCUGUUUCCUACGAAAUAUCAUUGCCGGGGAGAAGUAUGUGGAGCCUGUGGGUACCAUGACCAUUGUCAAUGAAACAUCAGGACACAAGGCCGUGGUGUCGUUUAAAGCCAAAGGGAUGUUCUCCGGUCGGAGCGAGGAGGUUGAGGCGCAAACGGUGGACAGCAAUGGACAAGAGCUAUCCAUCGGCUUGACGGGCACGUGGACACACUCGCUUCAACUGAAGGAACCCGGCAAAGUCGGGCGAUCAACCAUUUGGACAGUCGGCCCGUUGGUGGAUGAUGCGCCCAAGCACUACGGGAUGACGCUCUUUGCGGUCGAGCUGAAUGAAAUCACACCGAUCGAACGGGGCAAACUACCUCCAACCGACAGUCGACUCCGGCCCGAUCAACAUGCUUUGGAGCAGGGGGAUCACGAUAAGGCGGAAAAGCUGAAGAAUCAGUUGGAAGAGGCGCAACGAGCGCGGAGGAGAGAAUUGGAGGCCAGGGGAGAAACGUGGACGCCUCGAUGGUUCUCCAAGGUUGAGCUGGAGGACGAAGUGAUAUGGAAACUCAAGACAGGAAAGGAGGGCUACUGGGAGGAACGCGCUCGAGGCGAGUGGACGGGGGUGGUGCCGGUGCUUCAAGUGGAACAGUAGCAAAUUCGCUCCCAAUGGUAGCCUCGCGCGUACCGGACGACAAGGAAGUUUGAGAUACUGCAUGUCCGUCAUUCUAUCUUUGGUCCCUGCCCUGCGGAUGGGGUCUUGUAAGCUGGCGUGGCUGGCACCAGCGGCCAGUGCCAGGGGUGCUCUUUUGCAGUGGUUUGCAUUCCUAGUAGUAGUACAAUGCGAGAGGCAAGCUUGCUAUUACAGUACUUGCACUGGACACUGGCAAUGUAGAAUUGCCAUACCCUGUUCCCUUGUAGGGAAAGAAUAAUAUUAAAGUGGGCUGGCGGAGAUUUAAACCGCGCCCUGCAGUGGU